UGCAUUUCAGCGGCAGACAAACGGUGUUUUUUGCAGAUAUCUCCUAAACUAAUCGUUGGAUGAGUAUGAUAUUUCAGCACACUACCUUGAACAUCCGUUCGUAAUUUUUGGUUAACAUACCAUAUUGCUAUAUGUGUUAUGUGAGGAGUUUACUGAGUGAUAUUACGCCUAAUCCAGUCAUCAUAUCAAAGGUGUUACACAGAAUCGGACGAGUGUGGGGUACUCGUCUAACCCCUCCACCACCACCACCACUACCCUGAAGAACCCCCAGACCACUCCUUCUCUACCCCAGUAUCACAUGACCCUCUUCCCCCCCCCCCCUACUCACACCAUCAGCCUUCCACCUGUGAUUUUUUUUCCCUAUUGUAAUUACAUACGUAUAGGUAUAAUAGUUACAUACGUCAGUAUGUACAUACAUAUCAUACAUUAAUAAUAUUAUCUAAUACAAUUGCUGGUAUAUGUGGACAUGAAAACCAGACUGGGUCAAACGACCGUUAAAGCAAUAGCUAAUUCCGCUGUUAAUGGCCGUAUAGCUUGAUAAUAAGCAACGUAUCUAACCCGUAUCUCCUCCCUCUAUCCGAGGUCUGAGGUGCAACCCUCGACAAACCGAGGCUAUGACAGGGCCACAGGCUAUAUAUCAUUCAGUACCGAGGCGCACCCAUUAGCAGUAAUGUUGUCACGUUGCCCCCGUGGAUGCAGGACAGCGUAUGUUCUUCGUCUUGCCACGUUGUACAAAAGGGAAAGGACCCUUGGUAGAACUUAUAUAAGUUUGAAUAGGCCUUACGAGCGAGUUGCUUACACUGUGGGCAUGAGUGUGUCAAGAGUGAGGGGCAUUGUCAACGACACCACCACAUCCUCUCCCACACCGCCACUACCAUCUACACCGGCUGUUUUUGACAACUUUACUGUCGGUGCAAUACGCCGCCAUAUCCACAAGAAGUUUUCUGAAAAACAACAUUUUACACUCCGCGUCAUAUCGGCGGAUCUGAAAACAGCUGGUAUCAUCCCGGAGGAUACCUCUGAGACAACUGUUUGGCGGAUCAUCCACACCAUGGGAUUCCAGUACAGGCUGUCACAGCGAAAAAUGUAUGUGAGGAGGGAAUCGCUGGACGUGGUGUGUCGUCGGAUUGGCGCUCUCCGCUCUCUACAGCGCCACCGAGAGGAGGGGAGGAAGGUGGUGUAUGUGGAUGAGACGUGGUUUACCACCAGAAUGGGUCACAAUAGGGAGUGGGUAGAUACCACACAGGCUCCAAGCAACACUGCCUACAGUCGUCAGGUACCACCCGGUGAAGGGGAGAGAUUUGUGGUGGUCGCAGCUGGCACUGACGAAGGCUUUGUUGAAGGCUCGUACCUGUGCUACCCAGCCAAGAGCAACCAGGGCGAUUAUCAUGGAGAAAUGAACGGCGAACUGUUCCUGCGAUGGUUAACAACGCAGCUCCUUCCAUCUCUGCCAGAGCCAUCGGUACUGGUGCUUGACAAUGCACCAUAUCACAGCCAGCUGACGGAGGAGAGUCGAUGCCCUACCACAGCCACCAGGAAGGCAGACCUCACCAAGUGGCUGGAGCACCGCAACAUUUCCAUUCCACCUGCUGCCACUCGCCCUGAGCUGUUGCUCCUCUGCCAGAAAAACCGUCCACAGACUCAGUAUAAGGUCGACAACACCAUCCUUAUGUGGGGCCACGAGGUCAUACGGUUACCACCUGGCCACCCCGAGCUCAACGCCAUAGAGCAAGUAUGGGGAGUCAUGAAGCGUUAUGUGCGCUCCAAACUCCAGCGGUUUACCAGGACGGAUCUACUGGCUAGACUGGAAGAAGCCAGACAGUUGGUGAACAAGGACAUGUGGGCGGGAGCUGUGCAGCACUCUAGAAAAUUUGAAACAUCAUACUGGAAGACUGAUAACAUACACGAAGGAGUCGAACCCAUUAUUAUUCACAUCGGCAGUGAUGAUGAGGAUGAUGAGGUUUUUUUGCAUAGUGAUUGUGAAUAAAUCAUGUUCUGUCAUAGUUGUGCAUAUUUUUAUUCCUCUCUCUCUCUCUCUCUCUCUCUCUCUCUCUCUCUCUCUCUCUCUCUCUCUCUCUCUCUCUCUCUCUCUCUCUGAC